AUGCGAAAUCACUCAAAUCAAGCCCUACAGACGCGAGCCAAUGCUUUUCCUCAGAUUCCGCCAAUUCUUGUUGAAGAUGCUUCACUACCAUCAGGAUUAUGUCAACCUUUAAGCAGCUCACCGGGUCAAGACGUCUAUAGUGUUUCAGUGUUGUCCAAGGACGUUGACGAUGCACAUUGUGCUUCACCACCAACAUUCUUGAGCAUCUUGGAGGUUCCCAAUCAAUCUAAAGAUCCAAUAUGCCUAGAUGCUCAAUUGGAUUGCCAGAACUGCUUUGAUUUCCGAGUGGAGAGUGAAGAGGGGUAUUCCCCAUGCAUAAUUGAUAUGCCUGGUGGAAAUGAAAAUUCAGUUUCAUCUCAAUCCUAUGAAGAGGGAGUUGAAAGUUUUAAAAGUGAAAAUUUACUAUCUAGGUUAUUUUGGAGGCAAGCGAGUUUUAAAUCUAGCGGAAGAGAUAAUCAGUCGCUGAGAAAGUUCACGAUAUGCCAAAUAACAAAUGCAGAAGACUUAAGCGUUCUGCCUCAUUCGAUUCCAGAAAAGUCGCUUUUCUGUUUUCAAUAUUGUCAAGUUUGGGAUCGCUGGUGUUGAUAUAUCUGACGUUGCGAAUCAGGCAGAAGGGUGAGAAUUUUGUUCUUAUUUAGUUGUUCAACCUUAAUUAAAAAUUGCUGCUUUGUGUUGACAUGUAGAAAUUAGAAUAGUUCCUUUUCUUUUUCCAUGUAAAAUACACUUCUCUAUUAAAAUUAAUUCAUGACUCUUUAUAAUGAAGAUGGUAAUAUAUGAAAAAUGUUUUGCAUA